AUGUUACAAUACUUUACGCUUCAUGCUAUUAUUCAACUACUCAUUCUCGGUGAAAAUGAUGCGACGAGUUCGGUCGCAUUAACGUCAAAUAAUCAUAAACGAAACUAUGACCCUAAUUUAACACGUAGUGGUGAAUUUAUUGUUGGUAGUGAUUUCCGUGUUCAAGUUGUUUUAAGUGAAGAUUUGAAAAAUCACUUACAUUAUGAUACCUUCAUGACAACAGUUAUAAGUGCUUUGAAAUUUUGGACAAAUGCUUUACAGCCUAAAUUACGAAAUAAACAACCAAUUUUAAUAAAACGAAAGACUGUUUAUUGUCGAAAUCCACUUAACUCAUCCCAACCUGAUUACUCGUAUUCCUGUAAGACCGAAUGCGCUGAAACAACAGAUUGUGCGGGUGUUAUUAUCCCGAAACAUUUUCUUCAGGAUUGUCACUUAGAUGAAAUUAAUCCAGUAAAGAGGAAUAAAAAAAGCCAACCUUCGGCAAGUGAUUUUCUUCUGUUCAUCAGUUCGAAUAAACAACUCUGUUCAAAACACUUGGUACACUCACCUGUCAUAUGUCAGAGGGAUUCAGAAACUGACAGGCCUACCGCAGCUACAAUUUUAAUUUGUUCAGAUUUAAAAUAUAUUGAAGGAAAUCCAAAUCACUUGAAAAGAAUUUUGAUGCAUAAAUUAGGACAUGCUUUUGGGUUUGCAUAUUCCAUGUUUCCAUACCUACGUCAUUCCAAUAAUGAACCGAGAACAAAACGUAAUAAUCUAACUCGUGAACCAGACUUACCAGAUUCAGCAAAUGAUGGUUUAAGAGCUGACAGUAAUACCAUUAAAUAUGUGAAUCGAACAUGGUCAACUGUUUCCGGUGAGCAUCAAUUCAAACGGAUUGGCCUAACUUUGCCCGGUGUAUUAAAUUUCGCAAGAAGUCAUUUUAAUUGUAGUGAACUUGAUGCUGUUGAUCUAGAAUCCGAUGGAGACAUUGAAACACGAUUGAAUCAUUUUGAGCGCCGAUUAUCCAUUGGUGAAAUAAUGUCUUCAAAACUUGAUAUCAUGGCUUCUGUAUCUAACUUAACUCUGAACUACUUUAACGAAACUGGAUGGUAUAAUGUAAGUUUUUCUAUGGCUGAACAAUGGAACUGGGGUCGCAACCAAGGUUGCAACUUUAUUUUCAACAGCUGUAGUCAAUUCAAUCAAAUUCAAAAUUCGAAUCAUCACAGUAAAUCUCCUUGGUGUACUGAAUUACCCUCGGCAACUUCCAGUGGCCGAUGCGCAUUACAUACGAAUGCAUAUGGGGUAUGCAACUUAUUGAUGCAUUCUUCACAUCUCAAACCGGAACAUCAAUAUUUUAAUAACGUACCUAAUAUACCACCUGAGCUACAGGGAAAUAUCGGGGGAUUUGACAUUUUAGCUGAUCACUGUCCAUAUAUUUCGGUAUUUGAUAAUAUUCGUGGUACAAACAUGAAUUCACAUUGUGAGGAUACUAACAACCGGAAAUAUCAGAACAUGUUAAGUGAUCUUAACGAUCACUAUUACGGAAAGUCUUCUCGAUGUAUUCAAUUCGGAAGAACCUACGAUUCAUCAUAUUAUGAUGGCUACAAUACAACUAACGCAGGAUGUUUUAAAGUGAACUGUUCCAUAAAUUUGAAUCACCAAGUGAUGUUUAAAGGGAAAUGGUAUCCAUGCCCAACCGAAGGUGGAACUAUUCGGAUAGAUAACCAAACUGUCAGCUAUGAUUGGUUAGAAUGUCCUUCAUAUAAUGUUACGUGUUCGGCAUACAAAAGAAAAGAGAGAGUUGCACCACAGAAUACAAGGAAAAGGAAUUUUAGAAAAUGACUGUGUCUCUUGAUUAAUCGGUAAUAAAACUGAUUUGGAAACACCAGUCUUAGUUUUUUUCGCCAUACAUUUGACAACAAGUUUGACUAAUUAACAUGCACGAUAAACAGCGUUUUAUUCAAUACAAAUAUUUAUACUUCGAAAGCAAAUGAUAUGUCAAUGUCAGUAAGAGGGUAUGCAAUAAGAAACUAAACAGUAAGACUCCUGUCAAUGCCAUUUCUAUUUCUUUGAAUAAAUGUAGAUGAAAAGUAGGUUUCGAGAUUAUUCUUGUCAGCAGUUCGCUUUUUACCAUAGUUAUGUUGAUUUUAUGAACAGAGCAUAUCGCAUUGAACAACUGCUAGUGAUCUCUAUUUAUUGUUAUAUGUUGUGAGUGAGGAAUAGUGAAAAGUAUGUAAAAGUUAGGGUGAAACGGUGGAAGGAAAAUUGAACUGAUGGGCGGUUUGACUGAGAUUUCAA